UUUUAAUUUACAUUUUGACAAGAACAUUAUUUCUUCGUCUACAAUACAUAAAUUUUUAUUUUUCCUUGUUGAUUAAUGAGUAAUUGAAUGACCUACGGGUCAUUCUUUUUAACUUGUACUACAAUACAGGCAACAAUAAUUAAAUAAGUCUUAAGAGUCCAUACUAUACUUCAAAAUUUAUUCUUCCUUUGUGGGCACUUCAAGUAUUUAGUGUAUAUUUAAAGUUAAAAAUGGAAGACAGUGAAAUGGCUACACCGGAGGAUACUAUGUUAGAUAGCAAGAAGCCUUUAAAGUUCCAAAAAUCUACAAUAUCGUGUAUUCAAGAAUGUGAAACCAGUGAUGCUGAAAGGCUUUGUAUCUUUGACAUAGGAUAUAAGCUUGAGUAUUCUGAUGAAUAUGAUGUAGCUGGUACAUUUACUAAAAAAAAACCAGAGUUAUGGUUUUACAUAAUGACAGAGAUUUGUCCCUCUGACAAUCUUUUACUCAACCUUUUUGUAUGCCAUAGAAAUGUUGGAUUUUUCUCUAUUGGUAUUAGUAAAUCCAGUAAAUUGAAAACUGAACCUAAACAUGAAGAUUAUGUUUUUUUACAUGAUGAUUUAAUAUGGAAGUCAUUCAAAUCAUCAAAACCAGACCAGUGCCAUUUCAUAAAGACAUUUAACUUUUAUAAAACAGACUUAGAAGGUGUUUUUAAUAAUAAAGCAUUAAUAAUCCCAAUUAAGUUACAAGUUACACCUACUUUUGGACUCAAUAUAACAAUUGUUGAAAAAGUUCAGGCAAAACAUAAUAUAGGAAACAUAAUAAAACAACAGCAGACAGAUUUUACUCUUGAAUCAGCUAGCCAUAAAAAAUUCCCCACACAUAAAAUAAUGUUAUGCACGCACAGCCCUAUUUUGAGAGAUCUAAUUAAAUCAUCUUCAACUGAUUCUAUGUUUUUUGAUAUAAAAGAUGAAAUUAUUGAAUUAUUUUUGGAAUAUAUAUAUUCUGGCAAUAUACAGGAUAUAAACAAAUAUGACAGUGAGGUAUUAUUGGAGUUAGCAGAAAAAUUCAAAUUAAAUAACUUAUAUCCGCUUAUAGAGACUACUAUUAGAAAGAAGGUUUGCAUUGAAAAUGCUUUGGAUAUUGCAAAGCUGUCACAAAAAUACCAACUUAAAGAGGUGGAGAAAAGUGUUUUUAAAUUUUUCAAGGAAAAUCCAGAGGUGCUAGAAACUGAUGCUUGGAAAAACCUUAAUGAUAUUGUUUUAACUAAGAAGUUAUUUGAACAUAUUUAUUUUGAUAAAUAAUUAUAUGUAAAUUACUAAACAUUUCUUUAAGAAAUGUAAAUCAUUUGUAUAAAAACAUCUUAUUAUAUA